AAUUGGUCCAGAGAGAUUAUUUUGUGAAAGGUCAAUACUAUCCAAAUUAAUCAAAUUACCUAUGGAUGGUGGGAUUGACCCAAAGAGAUUGUUAAUCGACAAAUUAAGAGUUUUCAGACUAGACAUCUCUCCAAUAUGGUGUGGAAUAACUCCAUACAAGGAGUUGUUUGUUAAAACUAAGGUGUGUAUUUUCGGAAGUGAUGAGAAAUUGAGACUUUGAAGAGUACCGUUUAAUCCAAUAUUGGUGAGAUUUACCUUGUUGAUGGACUUCGAUUCAUAAUCACACGUGAUUCCUUCCCAACCACAAGGAUUAUUACCAAUCCAUGAAGAGAGAAAUGCCCUGCUAUGGUUGUCAAGGCUUGCUUUCCACUUCAACAGAGCAUCAGCCUCGCUACCUUGGAUUUUUGUUGCAGCAUGAGGUGAUGUUGCAAUUACAAACACGUAGAAGAACAAAAUAAGACAUGACAUUGGUAAGAGCUUCAUUCUUUGAAGUAUUUUGGAAAUUUCAACACAAUGAAAUUAUUGGCAAUCACUGAGAUAUAUAUAAUUGAACUAGACACUUGUAUCAUGAUGAAUGCAUUACAAUGGGAGAUUUAGGUGAUAUUUAUAAUGCAUUGUAAUUGAUAUUCCCACUUGUAAUAGUGAAGACUUAGCUCAUUAAAGUCUUUCACUUUUGUCUUUAAGGUGAAGACUUAGACUUAUUAUUGUGGUUUUGAUCAGAAACAUGAGGUUGGAGUAAUAGGGGCCACAAAAAAAGAAAAAAAAAAAUCUAAUUCAUUGAAAGACUUAUCUUAUCUCUCCAUUGACAGUGAUUUCACCAAUAUAUGUUUCUUACCAUUCACAGUCUACUGCACUUAUCUGCAGCAAUUCUGGAAUUGGAAGACUGCAAUUCUUAUGAUUGGUGCAGUUCAAGGACUAACUUAUCUACUUGAGGAGAUUCACGUACCUCAUAGUUGCCAUAUCAUUUAGCUGAAGUACAUUCCAUUUUUUAUUUAACAUUUUUCAAAGGAAAUGACGGUUGGGUAUGGGAUUUUGCCGGAUACUGUUGGUGUUGUUAAUAUACUUCCUGUUAGUGGUUUUCUUGGUUUGGGGUUAUGUGGGAAACAAGUUCAUGGUUUAUGUGUUAUAACUGGUUUGGUUGAGGUUUUUGUUGGGAAUGCUUUGGUUGAUAUGUAUGCAAAAUGUGGGAAAAUGGAAGACGCUAGUAAGGUUUAUGAGAGGAUGCGGUUUAAGGAUGUUGUUACUUGGAAUGCUAUGGUUACCGGGUAUUCUCAAAAUGGUAGAUUUGAGGAUGCACUUUCUUUGUUUGGGAAAAUGAGGGAAGAGAGAAUUGAGUUGGAUGUUGUUACUUGGAGUUCUGUUAUUUCUGGGUAUGCUCAGAGAGGGUUUGGUUGUGAAGCAAUGGAUGUGUUUCGGCAAAUGUGUGGAUGUAGUUGUCGUCCUAAUGUGGUUACGCUCAUGUCGUUGCUUUCUGGUUGUGCGUCUGUUGGAGCUUUGCUUCAUGGAAAAGAAACUCAUUGUUAUUCAAUUAAAUUUAUUCUCAAGGGGGAGCAUAAUGAUGAUAAUGAUGAUUUGGCGGGGAUUAAUGCUCUAAUUGAUAUGUAUGCUAAAUGCAAGAGUUUAGAAGUGGCUCGUGCGAUGUUUGAUGAAAUAUGUCCCAAAGAUAGGGAUGUGGUGACUUGGACUGUGAUGAUUGGAGGUUAUGCUCAGUAUGGAGAUGCAAAUCACGCCCUGCAACUUUUCUCUGAAAUGUUUAAAUUUGAUAACUGUAUAGUUCCUAAUGAUUUUACCAUAUCUUGUGUACUCAUGGCUUGUGCUCGUUUGGCAGCAUUGAGGUUUGGUAAGCAGAUUCAUGCUUAUGUGUUGCGUAGAAGUCGUAUUGAUUCAGAUGUUCUGUUUGUGGCUAAUUGUCUCAUAGACAUGUAUUCCAAAUCCGGAGAUGUAGAUACUGCCCAAGUAGUUUUCGACAGCAUGUCAAAGAGAAAUGCCAUCUCUUGGACCUCGCUACUCACCGGGUAUGGCAUGCAUGGGUGCAGCGAAGAUGCUUUCCGUGUUUUUGAUGAGAUGAGGAAAGAGGCUCUAGUGCUUGAUGGCAUAACCUUUCUUGUUGUGCUUUAUGCUUGUAGUCAUUCGGGAAUGGUGGAUCGUGGAAUCGAUUUGUUUUAUAGAAUGAGCAAGGAUUUUGUAGUUGAUCCUGGAGUAGAGCAUUAUGCUUGUAUGGCUGAUCUUUUCGGUCGAGCCGGUCGUCUAUGUGAAGCUACGAGACUCAUUAAUGAUAUGUCGAUGGAACCAACACCAGUAGUGUGGAUUGCCUUGCUUAGUGCUUGUAGGACACACUCAAAUGUAGAACUUGCAGAAUUCGCGGCGAAAAAACUGUUAGAAUUGAAGGCCGACAAUGAUGGGACAUAUACAUUGCUUUCAAAUAUAUAUGCUAAUGCCAGACGCUGGAAAGAUGUGGCGAGAAUUAGAUAUUUGAUGAAACGUACUGGAAUCAAGAAAAGACCUGGUUGGAGCUGGGUCCAAGGAAGGAAAGGUAUGGAAACCUUUUAUGUGGGAGACAGAACUCACUCACAAUCUCAGAAGAUAUAUGAAACACUGGCAGAUUUGAUUCAGCGCAUUAAGGCCAUUGGGUAUGUUCCACAGACAAACUUUGCUCUUCAUGAUGUGGAUGAUGAAGAAAAGGGUGACCAGCUUUUAGAACACAGUGAGAAGUUGGCUCUUGCCUAUGCAUCCUAACACUACCCCCAGGUGCACCUAUUCGA